GAAAUCCCACAUGUAAGAAUCGGACCUUUGCGGGGAAAUCCUUCUAGCCGCAAUGUGACAACAGGCUUUAUUGAAAGUCAGCCUGCGCAACCUUUGCAAGGUUCGCAGUCCUCCCGGUCUGUAGAAACAUGGCCACCCUACAAUAACAAUUGCCGAAUUGGGGAGUGGCUUGCGCCUGUUGAUGGUUCGGUGCUGUCGGGGACUGAGUGUGCCUCGAGCUUUACCAGAGUACGCCCUCCUACCACAUCUUCCAUACGCGAUGCGAAGCCUUCUGCAUACACUGGUGGCAUGGCUUUUCGCGUCGUACCUUUUCCUGGCUGCGAGUGCUCAGGGUCUGGCUCCAACAACGACAAAUAGCACCGGUCCGCUCUCUCAGUUCAAAUCUAGACCUGACAUCUAUGCGCCCUUCCUUAAUAUAUCACAUUUUGUCGAAGACUCAGUGACUCCAGGCUAUAUCUUUCUCGGCCCAUACCAAACAUUUCAAGCGGCGAACUACAUUUACGAUAAUAGAGGGAAUCUUGUUUGGAGUGGUUUCGGUCAAACAGGCGGAGGACCAUCACACAACUUCCACGUCUGCUCAAUCAAUGGGACCGACAAUUUGUGCUACAUUACUGGCGCGCAAAAUGAUGGCUACGUUCGCGGGUAUGCCGUUGUUUUAGACAGCACGCUGACCACUCAGACAUCUAUACACUCCCAAGGUGGGCUGGCGAAUUUUGACGAACAUGAAUUUAACGUCGUCGACAAUGGCAAGUCCGCAAUAUUUACUCUUUACAACCCCGAGCACUACGAUCUAUCUGGCUAUAACAUCUCCGGUCAAGGGUGGUUGAUAAACUGCUACUUCCAGCACAUCAACCUCGAUACAGGCGAGCUACAAUUCGAGUGGUCUGCCCUGGACCACGUUGGUGUCAACGAAACUUUCGUGUUGCCACACUCGACCGAAGUGUCGGGAAACGGGUUGACCCCAACAAGUCCAUGGGAUUAUUUCCACAUCAACAGUGUUGAUCUGAAUCCGGAUGGGGAUUAUCUAAUCUCUGCCCGUCAUACAUGCGCGGUGUACAAAGUCUCUGGGCAAGACGGCCACAUCAUUUGGACGUUGGGCGGGAGCAACUCAGACUUCUCCUUCGCAGCAGGACUGAAUUUCAGCUUCCAGCACGACGCACGCUUUCUCGAGGAGAAUGAUACCACCACCGUCAUUUCGCUGUUUGACAAUGCCUCGAACGGAUACAAUCAAACAGCUCGAUACUCUGCUGGGAAGAUCUUGAAAUUGGACCUUACCACAAACACUGUUUCCCUAAUCCAGGAAUUUGUUUCGCCCUAUCAAUUCAUCUCAGCUUCUCAAGGCAAUGUGCAGCUCGUCGGCUCGCAGUGGAACACAUCCAAUGCAUUCUUAGGCUGGGGCGAGAAUGCUUACAUCUCUGAAUAUACAUCUGACGGCAUAAUGGUCCAGCAAGGCCACUUCGCCACUAGCGGAACCAUGAACUAUCGUGCUUUCAAGCACAACUUCACGACUAGUCCUCUCGACGCACCCGCGCUCUACACCUACGCGCAUAAUACCAGUGCUCCAACCUCGUACUGGAUGAGUUGGAAUGGUGCGACAAAGGUGGCUCAAUGGCAGAUCUAUUCUGGUCAGUCGCAAAGUGGACCUUUCUCUCUCGUUGGCAAGGCAAACAAGGCCGGGUUCGAAACGCGAUUCACUGCGAAGAGCUACUAUCCUUGGAGCAUCGUGGAAAGCCUCGAUGCUGAUGGGAAUCCCCUCAAAAACAGUACUCGGCCAAUUCGUACAUUUGUGCCCGGCUCACAGCUCGCGGCGCUAUGUAACAGCAUUCAGUGUCCGUCGGCGACAACGACAACGGCUACUGCAGCGACCUCGACUACUGACAGCUCGAGUACUACCAGCUCCAAUGCGGCUGUGAACAUUCGGAACCGUAGUGGGAAAGUGGGCGAAAUGGCUUUCGCUGCAAUGGCCGGGAUAGUGCCGUUCAUGUGAACAAGAGGAUGUGCAUAUUUGCAUCUAGACUCUGAGAAUUGUAGAGCUAUUGUAUACUUAAUGAGUGACUGAGUAGAAGCUACAAUGUUGUGAUAGAUCAUUCCAAUGCUUCG